AAAGAGUUCGGCAGAUCUCAUCCAUCUUUGAGAAGUAACCAAACCAUCAAUCACACCCACAAAAAGCAGUAUGCUCAAGCACGUUACCAUACUCGUUUGUUUUGGCGCCAUCGCCCUCGCUCUGCCAUACAAAUCAGAUCCCGAACCUCAUCAUGUGGAGCAUCACGAAACGCACAGCCACCCACUAUAUCAGUUCGAGUACGGAGUCAAAGAUGGACACACGGGAGAUUACAAAUCCCAGUGGGAACAUCGCGAUGGCGAUCAGGUUAAGGGUCUGUACACUUUGGUCGAGCCGGAUGGCGGACAUCGAAUUGUUGAGUAUCAAUCGGACAAUCACGGAGGAAUCGAUAUCCAAGUGAAGAAGGUUUCCGGAUCGUCUAAGGGUGAAGAAAGCUAUUACAAACCCAAACAGUCAGCCGGUGGUCUGUAUGUGGGAGAAAGCUACGCUAGUGUUAAAAAACUGUGAUUCAUACGUUAUUAGUGAGGUGAUAAAUAUGUUCCUGUAAAAUUUAUACACGUAUCUAGAAGAUGAAACAAAUUUAAUAUAUAAUCAUUCUUAACAUUUUAAUAGAAUUCCUACAUAGCUAUAUCAAUUCUAUCUGUAACUGUUGGUCCUUCUUGCACCAAAAAAAUUUUCUAUUCUAUGAAUUUCAAUAACUUUUCGAGUAGUUUAAUCGCUUUAAUAUGUCACUUGUUAUAAAACAUUUUACUGAGAAAAACAAG